CCCAGGAAUUCCAGGAACUGAGUUGUUUUCAUACAGGCAAAAGAGGGCAAGGGGGUUUGGAGACAAAACACUCGGCAGACCUUGCUCAGUGGAAGUACUGAAACUGGACCUUUUCUCCGCUUGGAUUUUUCUUUCGUUUUCUUCAAAACUUCGCUUCCCCCCCCCACCCCGAAGCCGUUCCUUUCUGAGUGAACUGAACGAGGGUGGAGGAAUAAAGGAAGGAAAGUGUAAACACCUAAGCGUAUCAGAUUUGAACCUGAGAAAAGCCUAAAGAGGGUGAAAAGAAAUCCAGACGGGGAAGCACAGCAUUCCACAGGUAGAUAAAAAUGGAUCCUCUUCUGACCAAGUUCCUCGCAUGAUGAGCAGCAACAGAGCAAGUAAAGCACUGAAGAUUAAGAGAGAGUCGGGUGAGAACACUCCAGUGCUGAUGGACCAGGAGCUGGUGUCGAUGUCUGUGCGGGAGCUGAACCACCACCUGCGCGGCCUCUCCAAGGACGAGAUCCUGAACCUGAAGCAGAGGCGGCGGACCCUGAAAAACCGCGGCUACGCGGCCAGCUGCCGAGUGAAGCGGGUGACGCAGAAAGAGGAGCUGGAGCGCCAGAAGGCUGAGCUGGAGCAGGAGGUGGAGAAGCUUGCUGCGGAGAACGCCGGCAUGAAGACUGAGCUCGACGCCCUGCGCUCCAAAUAUGAGGCGCUGCAGAGUUUCGCCAGGACGGUGGCCUGUGGGCCCAUCACCCCUACCAAGGUCAACACCACCAGUGUCAUCACCAUCGUGAAAUCGUCCAACUUCUCCUCGCGCUAGCGUUCAGGCCGGCUCUGCCAUCUUCCUUUUUCAGCAGAAGGGCCACUGUCCUUGGGGUGUGGGGGGAGGGGAAGGGUGGGGAGGGGAAGGGGAAAAUUUCCGUGGCUUGCAAGGUUUAAGGGCCUUCUGCUUCCAGAACGAGUCAAGGUUUACGUGGCGCAAAAACGUUUUAGUUUUCUCGUCUUUUCAGUCAUUUUUUUUUUAAUUCUCCGCCCCCCCCCCCCCCCCCCCCACCACCUUUCCAAACAGACCGUGCUGCCACCGCAGGAAGUCAGCGGUGGCCGUUUUGGUAGGGGGGGGAGGGGCAGCUGGGGACUGGGGUUGGUUGGGGGAAAGGGGGAAGGGGGGGAAUGGAAGGAGAGCCCAGCACUGAAUAUUAGGAGUGUCUUUACUGGAACUGGCUCCCAAGGUUGUCGAAUAACUUUGAGCACAGGCUGCAAGCUCGCUAGGCCUCUGCCUACCACCUCGGUCCUGCCCCAAGGCAAAAACCAGAAAUACUCAGAAACGAACCUACUGAAGCUCCAUUCCUUUUUCUGAGGCGUACAAAACCAGAAUGUGUCGUUCACAAGUCUAAACAGUUCCUCAGAGCGGGGGUCGCAUGUGACAAAAAAUGAUGCCAGAAAUACAUGGCCCUCAGUGACGAAAAUGGGUCCACUGCCUCGAUAGCGAACAUGGUACAGGCGAUUGCCACUCACACACCCCCUCAAUUUCAGUCUUUGAAAAUGCCUUCCUCAAAAGGCAAUGGCCUAGUGGUAUUAUCACCAGACUGUUCAUCCAGAGACCCAGAUAAUGUUCUGGGGUCUGGGGUUCAAAUCCCACCAUGGCAGAUGCUGGAAUUUGAAUUCAGUAAAAAUCUGGAAUUAACAGUCUAAUGAUGACCAUGAAUCCAUUGCCAAUUGCUUUUUAAAAAAAAACAUCUGGUUCACUAAAGUCCUUUUUGGGAAGGAAACUGCCAUCCUUACCUGGUCUGGCCUGCAUGUGACUCCAGACCCACAGCAAUGUGGUUGACACUGAGCUGCCCUCUCAGCAAUUUGGAAUGGGCAAUCUAUACUGGCCUGCAGCAACCUGUGAAUGAAAUAAAUUUUACAAAACAUCUUUAAAUAUUUUUAAGGCAGAGGGAGAUUCUUGAUUACUUGAGGGAUGGAAGAUUAUUGGGCGGGGUCUGUAUGAAUGUAGAAUUGAGGUUAAAAUCAGAUCUUAUUGAAUGGCGGAGCAGGCUCGAAGGGCCGAAUGGCCUACGCUUGUCCAUAAGUUCACGGUUGAGCUCAAUCCACACACAGCAGCCUUUCCAACUUCCCCACUAAUGCCUUUGGUUAACAAAACUCUCGGAUUUAAAAUUGGCAACUGACCUAGUCUCAACAGAAGUGAGGGACCUGCUGAUGUGAACCUUGCUGCUUUUUUAGAAAAAAAUACAUACUGUUGGUAGCCAAUCUCCAGUGUGCGUAUUCGGGGAUGCCCCUCACCCUCCUUGGUUACAGCCAUGACAGCACCUUUCAGAACUAGGCCUCGUUUCCAUUUCAGUGCAUAUGGUUUGCAAACCAUUAAUCCCUGAUGGAGUGACUCUUUUGAGGGGCAAGCAUGCCUAAAAUGUAACUUAAUGAGCUGAAACCUCACCUGUGCUCAUAACUGUGUGUGUAUAUGUGUGCCCGUGUGUGUUUUAUGUCGUCUUUUUGAAGUAGCAGGCCCAGUUUUGAUUUGAUGGACAGGCCGUUGCCAUGGAUCUGAAUGGAUGAACUGAGGACAGGUAGGCCCCACUGCAGAAGCUGGAUGUUUGUUGUCUUAACCGUCUCCUUGCGCAAAUGCCUCUUUGUCUUAAUUAGUGGACUUAAUUUAUGGCGCUUUACGUAAAGCAGAGAGAGAAAAAAAGCAGAUGAUUGUGGCUACUUCUGGUAACCAGAAGUGAUGUCACCGGUCCUUCAGAAAGCAAGAACAAAGCCCUUCCAUUUUGUUUUCACCUUGGAUUGCUGGUAAUAGAACAGAGCAGACAAAUUAAAUUGACCACAUCUCCUCAGCUCGUUUGCAGUUGUAGUGGAUGCUGAGAAGCAGUGAUUGACAAGGUAUCAAUGUGCCAAGAAAAUCAAUACAUGGGGAAUUUCCUGUUUUUUUUUGGUGUGAGCUAAUGCCAACUGCUGGCAGGGUAGUGUGAACCCUCAUUCUCCUUGAGGAAAAUGCAAGCCAUCUUGUCAGAAGCAGAAACAAAUCACUUAAAAAAAACUCAGUCGGUCUGGUAGCAUCUGUGGAGAGGAGAAGGCAGAGCUAACGUUUCAGGUCCAGUGAUCCUUCUUCAGAACUUCAGUUAGCUCUG